AUUUUUUCCUCUUUUCUUUCACUUUUUUAUUACAUUUUGAUAAGGUUUUUUUUUGACUCUCCUUGACAAUAUAUACAUUGGGGUUCAGUUCUCUAUACAACCUUAAAUAAAACAUUAUAUAAUAAUUCUGUCUUCUUUUUUUUUUUUAUCCAUUUUAUCCUCCCCUACCUCUUCUUCUCUUUCCACCCUCUUUUUAUUUUUUUAUUUUUUUUAUUAUAUUAUUAUUUAUUAUCUUUUUCUUUUUUUGUUGUAUAUAUAACAUAUAUAUAAUACCAUGAGCCGAAACAGCGACAAUAUUGCCGAUCGUAUUGCUGCAGCUAGACAAGAAGCUGAAAGACUCAAAGAAAGAAUUAAACAAAAGAAAGAAGCUUUAGCCGAUACGACAUUGGCUCAAAAAGCACAACAAGUGGAAAGUAUACCUAGAUUAACAACAAAAGUACGACGUACAUUGAAAGGACAUUUAGCCAAGAUUUAUGCCAUGAACUGGGCUAAUGAUAAACGACAUUUAGUUUCAGCUUCACAAGACGGAAAACUUUUGGUAUGGGAUGCUUAUACAACAAACAAAAUAUUUGCCAUUGCUUUACGGUCUUCUUGGGUCAUGACUUGCUCUUAUUCUCCUUCUGGAAACUUUGUGGCUUCUGGUGGUCUCGAUAAUAUAUGUUCUAUCUUUCGACUCAACAGUUCCAGCAAUUAUCAAUACCAAAUAUCAAACAAUAUCGAUGUAUCCAAACCUGCAAGGGAAUUGAUUGCUCAUGCUGGUUAUCUCAGUUGUUGUCGUUUUCUUAGUGAUAGCCAAAUAUUGACUUCUAGUGGGGAUACAACUUGUAUAUUAUGGGAUAUUGAUGCAAAUACCAAAUUGAAAGAAUUUGUUGAUCAUACAGGGGAUGUGAUGAGUUUAUCAGUUUCACCAAAUCCAAAUAUAUUUGUAUCAGGUGCUUGUGAUGCUACAGCCAAGGUAUGGGAUAUACGAGAAGGUAAAUGUGUACAAACGUUUAGUGGUCAUGAAUCCGACGUCAAUGCUGUUCAAUUCUUUCCGAACGGUAAUGCAGUGGGAACAGGCUCGGAUGAUGCUAGUUGCCGAUUAUUCGAUUUGCGGGCGGAUCGUGAACUCAAUAUAUUUGCCAAUGAACAAAUCUUUUGUGGAAUUACUUCGGUGGCUUUCUCUAUUUCAGGUCGACUCUUAUUUGGUGGUUAUGAUGAUUAUCAAUGUCAUGUGUGGGAUACCCUCAAGGCCGAAAGAGUAGGUAUAUUACGUGCUCAUGAAAACCGUGUCUCUUGUUUAGGUGUUUCUGCUGAUGGAAAGGCUCUUUGCAGUGGUAGUUGGGAUGGUUUCCUCAAGAUAUGGGCAUGAUGAUCUCACCCACACACGCAUACACACAUACGCGCGCACACAUACAUACACAUACACAUACAUAUAUAUACUUCCUUCCUUUUUACCACCUUUCUCUCUCUUUUUUUUUUUCUAAAAAAAAAAAGAAAGCACCAAUUCCCUACCCACAUUACCAUUACAAUAUAGUUUUAUGCAUAAAUCUCUUAUUAC